UGUGCACGUGUGCACCUCUGACUUUCUCCUCGGGCUCCUCCCCUCUGCAGAGAGAUGGUCUUCUCCUUUUAGCUCGUUCUGCACCAGUGGCCAGACUCACGCAGCCCCAUCUCUGUCAGGAGCUGCAACUGUCAGAAAGCAAGGGCAGCUGAGGGGAAGGCACCGGGAGGACUGAGAGGAUGGGCAACUCUCUGCUGAGGGAAAACAGGUGUCAACAGAACACUCAAGAGAUACCCUGGGACCUGAGAAAUCAAAACCUCAAGCAGAGAACACCCAGGUGCUGGGACCGCCACAUGGCUGAAGGGUGUUUCUGCCUUCCAUGGAAAAAGUUACACAUUUUUAAAGCCAAGCAAGAUUUCCCAAAGGAAGGUGGAAGAACAUCCUCUCCUAUCCAGCAGGACAGCAGUGACCAGAACUCCGCAGAGGAGCUGUGCUACACCCUCAUCGAUCACAGGGUCCUGGGAAAAAGGCCAUCAGGGAACUCUGCCGAGCAGUACUAUGAGAACGUUCCCCACCAGGCCUGGAGGCCCAGAGAGUCUCUGAGAGGAACUGAGACUGAAUAUUCACUUCUCCAUGUGCCUUCCACCCCUAGGCAUCCACCUGCUCCAGAAGGUGAAUAUGAGCUUCUCCGUGUCCACUAGAAUCUCCUCACACACCCUGCAAAAGCACGUCCACAAUCACACCCUUCCGAGGUUGAGUUUUCCCAUUCCUACUGAAGCAUUGGACCAACAUGUGUUCCACACCAGCACAUAAAACCUGGGGCAGGGGGUAGGUGCUCUGCUUACCUGUCCCACCCUCACCGCCACCUGCACACAACAGCCCUUUCUACAAGGGUGUCUGCAGAACAUGGUUUGUAAACCACGGAGCUUCUUAGAUCCUACUCAAUAGUCAACAUCCAAAAACUGACCAAUGAUCCUGAAACCACCCUUUGAGAAGGGAAGGACUAUAUUUGGCUCCAAGUGGCUUUGGAAACUGGCUGCUGUGCUCAGAGGCGG